UUUGGUCUGCUACCGCUUGACAGGCCGGUGGUCGGAGGAAUAAUUUUUUAUUAUUCCCGUUGGAGACCAAAUUCCGUGUUAAAAUUGCGUUAAUGAAGUAAUCAGUGCAUUGUUAAACAUGGCUAGAUACGGUCAGAGACCGGAGAAUGCUCUCAAACGGGCAAAUGAGUUCAUGGACUUGGAUAAGCCUGCUAGGGCCCUUGACACCUUGCAAGAGGUGUUCAGGAAUAAAAAAUGGGCCUACAACUGGUCCGAAUCGGUCCUGGAGCCGAUCAUGUUCAAGUAUUUGGAACUAUGCGUAGACCUUCGCAAGUCGCAUAUUGCGAAGGAAGGUCUGUUCCAGUACAGGAAUAUGUUUCAAUCGGUGAAUGUUGGGUCAUUGGAACAGGUCAUAAGAGGGUACUUGCGUAUGGCUGAAGAGCGGACGGAGGCGGCCAGGCAGCAGUCGACGCAAGCUGUCAUCGACACCGAUGACCUGGACAAUCUGGCAACACCUGAGAGCAUUCUGCUGAGUGCUGUGUCUGGAGAAGAUGCACAGGAUCGGUCAGAUAGAACUAUUCUUACUCCAUGGGUGAAAUUCCUCUGGGAGUCCUACUGCCAGUGCUUAGAACUGCUGCGUACCAACGCCCACGUGGAGACUCUGUACCACGACAUUGCACGCAUGGCGUUCCAGUUCUGCCUGAAGUACUCCCGUAAGACUGAGUUUAGAAAGCUCUGCGACAAGCUGCGUAAACAUCUUGAAGACAUUUGCAAGCCUAAUGUACAAACAGGCAAUGUGAGCAUUUCCAAGCCUGAAACCCAGCAGCUCAACCUGGAGACUCGUCUCUUCCAGCUGGACAGUGCUAUUCAGAUGGAGUUGUGGCAGGAAGCAUACAAAGCAAUCGAGGACAUCCACAACCUAAUGAACAUGUCGAAGAAGACUCCAGUGGCCAAGACAAUGGCCAACUAUUAUGGCAAGCUGGCUCUUGUCUUCUGGAAAGCCGGCCACUGUCUGUUCCACGCUGCUGCUCUCUUGAAGCUGUUCCAACUGUCAAGGGAGAUGAAGAAGAAUAUCACACAGGAGGAAUUGCAGAAGAUGGCCUGUCGAGUGCUAGUAGCAGUGCUCUCCGUACCGCUUCCCUCGCUACACCCCGAGUUUGACCGUUUUGUCGAAACUGACAAGAGCCCAGUGGAGAAGGCUCAGAGGCUCGCUGUGCUGCUCGGUUUAGCGCAGCCACCCACAAGGGCUAGUUUGUUGAAAGAUGUUGUGCGCCUAAAUGUGGUGGCUCUCGCUUCCCCGCAACUACAACAACUCUACUCUUGGCUCGAAAUCGAAUUCGAUCCGCUCACCAUUUGCGCCAAUGUGCAGAAUGUCAUCAAGUCGCUACAGGAGGACCCUAACUCUCCGCUGGCCCAAUACACCACGGCGCUAACGGACGUGGCUCUAGUGCGUCUGAUUCGCCAACUAGCGCAGUGCUACGACUGCAUCGAGUUCUCCCGCCUGCUGCAGCUGGCCGGCACGGACAACCUGUUCCACCUGGAGCGUCUGCUCGUGGAUUGUGUGAGGCAUAACGACAUGCAGAUACGGGUGGACCACGCUAACAAAUGCGUGCACUUCGGCGUAGAAGCGGGCGGUGGCGAGUGGUGCUCUGCGGCUGACGAGGCGUGCGGUGGGGCCAUCUUGCAGGCCACUCCUGCGGAACAAGUGCGCGAGCAGCUGGUGCUUGCGGCGGAGGUGCUGUCGCGCGCGGUGGCGGCGCUGUUCCCCGCGCGGCGCCGUGCGGAGCGCGAGCGGGCCCGCGCGGCGAUGGUGCAGCACUACCACGAGAACAAGCACGCCGAGCACCACCGCGUGCUGCAGCGGCACAAGAUCAUCGAGGAGCGCAAGGAGUACAUCGAGCGGCUCAACACCGUGCGCGAGGAGGAGGAGCUGCGUCGUCAAGAAGAGCAGCUCCGCGCUGCCGCAGCGGCCGAAGCGAAGCGUCAAGAACAAGAGCGGGAAGAGCGUGAACGGAAACGUCACGCGUCCGAACUCGCUGCGAUGCGUGAGCGGCACCUGCGGGAGCGUAUUGCGCACAUCUCGCAGACCAUGCACGGCAAGAAGGUGCUGCAGAAGCUGGACGAAGAGGAUCUAAAGAAGAUGGACGCCGAAGCGAUCGCCCAGCGCGAGGCUGAGGAAUUGAUGAAGGAGCGCCGCGAGCUGCAGGCACGACUCAAGUCGCAGGAGAAGAAGGUGGAUUACUUUGAGCGUGCUAAACGUUUGGAAGAAAUCCCUCUGCUGCAGAAGAGCCUGGAAGAGAAACAAGUCCAGGACAAGGCAUUCUGGGAGCAACAGGAGAAGGAACGCAUACAACAACUUAUGGAGGCGCGCACCCGCGACGUGGCGACCCAAGCGCGUCUGGUCCGCAUGCACUCACACCGCGACGAGUUCAUGGCCCGCCUGCGUUCUGAACGUGGAGCUGCGUAUACAAGCCGGCUGGCUGACUUCCAAGCGCAGUUGGCUGCUCAGCGUGAAGUGCGGCUCGAGAAGCGGCGUAAAGCUAGGGUGGAGGCACGACGACAAGAGUGGCUAGCAGAAAAGAAGCGUUUGGAGGAAGCAGCUCUAGAGGAGGCGCGUCGUCUGAAGGAGGAGGAGGAGCGGCGCGAGCGGGAGGAGCGCGAGCGGCGCCGCCAGGAGGAGCUCGCCGCGCUGCGCGAGAAGAAGGAGAAGGAGGAGAGGGAGCACGCGGAGAUGUUGGCGCGUGUUCAGGCCAAGGCCCGCGCCAAGGAGGAGGAGAUCACGCGCAAGCUGGAGGAGCAGAAGGCGGCCGCGCAGUCGCUGUGGCGGCGCCCGGCCGGCAAGCCGGAGGAGAAGAAGGAGCCCUGGCGACCGUCUCGUGCGGCCGGAGCUCCCGGCGAAAGGGCUGAGCGACCCGCCGAGAGACAGCCUGGUGAUGACCGUCCACCGAGAGAUGACAGCCGACGCGAUGACAGAGCCCGCGAAGCUCGCCCUCCAGCUGAGAGACCAAGAGAAGACAGGCCAAGAGAUGAAAGACCACGGGAGGAAAGACCACGCGAUGAAAGACCAAGGGAUGAAAGACCUAGGGAUGAGAGGCCAAGGGACGAAAGACCCAGGGACGAUAGGCCCAAGGAUGAAGGCGGCUGGAGGUCCGCCAACAAGGCUCCGCUCUCGGAGCCUGAAAGGCCCCGUUACACGGGUCGGUCGAGCGGUCCGCCCGCGGGCGACGGCAGCAGCUGGAGGAGGGGACCCGCCGAACCGCCGCCGUCCUCUGCUGAGCGUACAGCGAUGUGGCGCUCGAAGGACUCUGCGCGUGACUCGGGCCGCGACGACCGCUACCGUGACGCGCCGCGUGACGGCGGCCGUGACCGUGACGGAUUCCGCGACCGUGACGGCGGCGCCCGUGACCGCUUCCCGCCGCGCCGCGAUGACCGUGACGGGCCCAGGCGGGAUGAUCGCGAUGGCCCUCGCCGCGACGACCGCGACGGUUCCCGGCGUGACGACCGCGACCGUCGCCCGGCACCGCCCCGUAGGGAUGACAAACCACGCGGCGACGACGACAAAUGGCAACACGUCACAAAGCGCUGAAGUGGACGGAGCGGAGCGCAACAUACUACCGUUUAUAUCUAAUAUUAUACAUUAUACAAUAUAAGUGUGCAUAUGAUAGCGUUUGCUGUGGGGUAGGGAAAGUCGAUAUAACAACAUUUUUAU